UCAGUUCAAUCGCGACCUCAAGAGCGCCCGCACACACAUGUUGCCGUUGCCUUCUCUGUUGCGCUACACAAACAUUUUGCAAUAACAACAACGCGUAAAGAACAACGACAGCAACAGCAACAAAAAAAACAACGAAUUGCGCGUAGUCUCCUCACAGCAAAAGCAAUGUGACUCUGAGGCAACCAAAGUUGUCAGUGAAAAAGAAGAAGAAAAAAGAAGGAAAAGUAAAGCAAAAUACUAAAAAUAACCAAGAAAACAGACUUGAAAUAAAUACUGUACAUAGUAUAUAGUAUUUGAACUAUUAUCAUUGAGAAUUGAAGUGACAAAACCUGAUGGCAACAACAGCAACAACUAAAGCCGCAGCAGCAGCAACAGUCGCAGCAGCAACCACACUUGCGCCGCCAACUGUUGCCAGCAACAGCAGCAGCAACCACAACAACAAUAACAUCAACAACUCUGCAGUAAUUAGUGCACCCAUCAAAAUACCGUUAAGUGAACGCUUCUCGACACAAACCUCAACGGGCUCUGCGGACAGCGGCGUCAUCGUGACGAGUGCCUCACAGAAGCAACUUGCCGCACAACAGCAAUCGACGCUGUUGCAACUGCAACAGUUGCCGCCGGUGCGCAGCAGCAGUGGAUCGCUGAGUUUGCAUGGCCCGCUGCCGAAAUGGCAGCGCCAACAGCAACAGCAGCGCCAGCAGCAACAGCAACAACAACAGCUGCUGCUGCUCAGCCAGGACAGCGGCAUUGAGCAGAGGGGCAAUGAAGGCGCCUCCUCGGUUGGCGCUGGCGGUGGGCAAUCGAACAGCAGCAGUGAAUCGCUUGGGAGCAGCAGCGGCAACGAGGUUGUCGGCGGUGUUGCGACCAUCGGCAGCAGCAACAGCAGCAGCCAUCAUCAUCAUCGUCGCAGUCGAACGCGAGCGGCAUCCGCUUUGGAGCUGAGCAGCGUUGGGGUCUCGAAUGGCGUUGUUCCUUCGGGUGGCGUUGGCGCCUUGCGUCGCAUCAAAUACAAGAGCACGAACAGCACGCAAGGUUUCGAUGUCGAGGAUCGCAUCGAGGAGGUCGACAUUAUCGAUAAUCCCGACGAUGAUGAUGAUGACGACGAAGAGGAUGAGGAGGAAGCCGAUGAUGGUGUGGCUGUCGAUGAGGUGGAUGAGGAGGACACACAGUCGGGCAUCAUCAUCAAUAUUGGUCCCGGCGGUCAUGGUGAUGAGUUAGACGGCUCCCAGAGGCAGCAACAACAGUUGCUGGCAUCCCUGGUAAAGGCCGAGGAAGAUCUCCCCCUGGAGUUGGCGCCACUCACAGUCGCUGCGGCCGCUGCGAAGCGCAAGGAUGUCCGCAAUCUGGGCACCGACGGUCACAUCUAUUUCCCCCUACUCAAGAUCAAUGAGGAUCCGCACAUUGAUGCGAAAUUGAUCAAUCGCAAGGAUGGACUGCAGGAUACCAUGUAUUAUCUAGACGAGUUUGGGAGUCCCAAGUUGCGGGAGAAGUUUGCGCGAAAGCAGAAGCAGCGACAGGCCAAACAGCAGAAGGCAUUGCUGAAGCGGGAGCGUGAGGAGCAGCGCAAGAAGCGCAACACAACGGUGGCAUCCAAUUUGGCUGCCAGCGGCAUUGAUACCAAAGAGCAGCAGCAGCCUCAUCCGCAGCAACAAGUGCCACAGAAGCAGCAACAAGCUUCUGCAGUUAACAACAACAACAUCAACUGUGAUAGAAAUCAUCAUGAUCAUCAUGAUGACGAUCCCGAUGCGGACGUGGUGAAGAUGCGAGUACGCAGCCAUAGCCAUGACAAUCAUUAUGAUGCCACCAUCAAUAGCAACAGCAGCAGCACCUUUAAAACCGCCCGCCGUCACUCCGAUGAUCGCAAUAGCAAUCGCAAUCGAGAUCAUCAUCCGCACGAUUGUGCUGCCGCUGAAGAUGUUGAUGACAUCGAUCUCGAUGCCGCGACAGCGGCGGACGAUGAUGUCGAUGAGACGGGAGCUGAGGCCGGUCUUGAUGCUGGCCUCGAGAGGGUUAAGACUGCGAAAUUGGCGAGAACACAAUCCUGCGUUAGUUGGACCAAAGUAGUGCAAAAGUUUAAGCACAUAUUAGGCAUGAAACAAUUGAUCGGCAAAUUGAAUGAUUUGUGGCCCGAACAUAGCGUCGCAUUGUCCAUUCCAAAGGAGGUCGAUAGGAGCAAGGAGAAGCUAGAGGGCGCUUGGGAGACAACAGGUCGUGAUGGUUCCAAAAUUACAACAGUCGUUGCAACGCCCGGCCAAGGCACCGAUCGGGUUCAAGAAGUUUCCUAUACAGAUACAAAAGUCAUCGGCAAUGGCAGCUUUGGUGUCGUCUUUCAGGCGAAACUCUGCGAUACCGGCGAAUUGGUUGCAAUCAAAAAAGUUUUACAAGACAGACGAUUUAAGAAUCGUGAAUUGCAAAUAAUGCGCAGAUUGGAGCAUUGUAAUAUUGUGAAACUUUUAUACUUUUUCUAUUCGAGUGGAGAAAAGCGUGAUGAAGUAUUUUUGAAUUUAGUCCUCGAAUAUAUACCAGAAACUGUAUACAAAGUGGCACGUCAAUAUGCCAAAACCAAGCAAACGAUACCAAUCAACUUUAUACGGCUCUACAUGUAUCAAUUGUUCAGAAGCUUGGCCUACAUCCAUUCGCUGGGCAUUUGUCAUCGUGAUAUCAAGCCGCAGAAUCUGCUGCUCGACCCCGAGACGGCGGUGCUGAAGUUGUGCGACUUUGGUAGUGCCAAGCAGUUGUUGCACGGCGAGCCGAAUGUCUCGUAUAUCUGCUCCCGAUAUUAUCGGGCACCCGAGCUCAUAUUUGGCGCCAUCAACUAUACAACUAAAAUCGAUGUAUGGAGCGCCGGUUGUGUGCUUGCCGAACUGCUGCUGGGACAGCCGAUCUUUCCGGGUGAUUCGGGUGUCGAUCAGCUGGUCGAGGUUAUCAAAGUUUUGGGCACACCGACAAGAGAACAAAUACGCGAAAUGAAUCCAAACUAUACGGAAUUCAAAUUUCCACAGAUUAAGAGUCAUCCAUGGCAGAAAGUUUUCCGUAUACGCACUCCGACAGAAGCUAUCAACUUGGUGUCCCAGCUGCUAGAGUACACGCCCAGCGCCCGUAUAACACCGCUCAAGGCCUGUGCACAUCCGUUCUUCGAUGAGCUGCGCAUGGAGGGCAAUCACACCUUGCCCAAUGGCCGCGAGAUGCCGCCACUCUUCAACUUCACAGAGCAUGAACUCUCGAUACAGCCUAGCUUAGUGCCACAGUUGUUGCCAAAGCAUCUGCAGAAUGCCGCAGUGCGUGCCUCAGCUGGCGGCAGCGGCAGCGGCGCAGCAGCUCCAGCCUCGGCGGCCAGCGGCUCCACCAGCGUCUCCUCCACGGGCAGCGGCGCGUCAGCGGAUGGCGCCCAAUCACAGCAGACUCCAGCGGCAGCAGCAGCAGCAGGCGGAGCAACAGCAGCAACAUCGGCAACAUCAGCAGCAGCAGCAGCAGCAGCUGGUGGUGGUGGACAAGGGGGCAACAACAGCAGCAGCAGCAACAGCGGCGGCGGCGGCGGCAACGCAACCAACGCAGCGCCAAAUUCAGCCACCGCAGCUGCAACGGCUGCGCCGCAAUCGAAUGCGGCCGCAAGCGGCGGUGGCGGCGGCGGUGGUGCUGCGGCAGCUGCCACUGCAGCCGGCGGUGCGAUUGCCACAAGCAAUGCUGGUGGCGCCAACAUAACAGGCUCGCAGUCGAACAGCGCCUUGAACAGCAGUGCCGGCGCCAGUGGUAAUGGGGAUGGUGGUGACGCCAGUGCUGCGGGUGGUGACGGUGAAGUCGGUGGUGGCGGCGGCAACGGGAACGGCGGCGGUGACAAUGGCGCAGCAGCUGAGGCCGAUCAGGCGGCAGCGUCGGCCAGUGCAUCGGGUUAGCGCAAUAAUGGCGGUGUUCUGUUAAUGUAAAUGUUGUUUACAGCGUACUGUUAUUAACAUUUUUUCGCUCGCCCGGCUGCUGUUAAAUUUACUUAAGCCCCGCUUUGUGUUCUUAUUUUUGUUUGUUUGCAUACAAAUAAGAACACAAAGCGAGGCUUAAGUAAAUUUAACAGCAGCCAAUUUUCAACAUGCACACGCAAACUCACAUACAUACUCUUGCAAAGUUAACAGCAGUGAAACUUCAAUUGUGCAAAAAUACACAAAGCAAGUGAUUGCAUUCGCACUUAACCGAAGUGCUUUUUUUUUCUUGCCCUUCACACGGAAGAAGAAGAAAACAACGGCGCCCUGCAGUGCAAAAGUGUGAGCAAAGUGUGUGACAACUUGUAUGAAUGUGUGUGCGUGUGUGUGUGCGUGUUGUACACUGGACGCAAGGCAAAUAUUUAGCGUAUUUUCAUUUGUUAAAUAUAACAAAACGGAAACAACAAAAUGAAAAUACGCUAAAUAUUUGCCUUGCGUCCAGUGUACAACACGCACACACACACGCACACACAUUCAUACAAGUUGUCACACAACAAAACAACAAAAUGAAAAUUCAAAAGAAAAAACACAAAGCAAAGCAAAUGCCUAAAUUAUGCAUUAAAAGGAAAUAUUUAUUAUUAAUACAAAUACAAAACAAAUAAAAACAAAAACUACAUAUAUGUAUAUACAUACAUACAUAUACAUAUAUACGUAUGCAUAUAUAAUGACAGACAACACACAAUCUCUCUCACACACACAUACACACAAUUGAGAAAAUGUUAAAAGAAUAUUAAACUAAAUUAAAUUAAAUUAAAUAACAGCAACUAAAUACAUUAUAGUAAAAACAAAAACAAAAUCAACAACAAUUUGCGAAAAAUACAAAAACAAAAGCAAAACGUAAUAAAUGAUAAGCAAAUCGAGAAAGAAAAUUUAGUGAAAUAAAUCAAAAUUUUUUGUCCCAUUUAAAGUAAAGUACGUAUACAACAUUAAUGUAGUUAAUCGCGACAACAGCAGCAGCAACAACAACAACAACUCUAAUGUGAUGUUGUUGUGGUCAAGGAAAAACAGAAUACAAAAAAUUCAAUCGUUUCUACAAUGUAUGCAAAAAUGUUAAAAGUAAAACGUAAAACAAAAAAAGCAAAAAAAAAUAAUAA